AUGCCUUCGAUAAGCGCUCUCAGUUCGGUUGCAGCAAGCCUCGCGGUUCUGCAUGGAGUUCAUGCCGCGUUUGACAACACUUCUAGUGCCAACGUCGCAGUAUAUUGGGGUCAAAAUUCGUAUGGCAAGGGAACUGGGGAUCUCGCUCAACAGAGGCUAUCCUACUACUGUGCCAGCGAUGACAUCGACAUGAUCCCUUUGGCGUUUUUGACGACCAUCACCGAUACCACGGGUUACCCUCAACUCAACUUUGCCAACCAGGGUGACAAGUGCACCCUGUUCAAUGGCACUCAGCUAUUCAACUGCUCGGAGCUGGCUGAAGACAUCCCCGUCUGCCAGGAGAAGUACAACAAAACCAUCACCCUCUCCAUCGGCGGCGCUACCUACACCGAAGGCGGCUUCACCAGCGCCGACGAAGCCACCGCCGCCGCCGACAUGAUCUGGGCAACCUUCGGCCCACCACCCGCGGAAAACACCACCAGCAGCUGCAACACCCCGCGCUACAACGCUAGCAACAACACCAUCCUCCGCCCCUUCGGCUCGGCGCAGGUCGACGGCUUCGACUUCGACUUCGAGGCGACAGUCACCAACAUGGCGCCGUUCGCGCAGCGGCUGCGCGACCUGAUGGACGCGGCCGAAGCGGGCGACGGGCGGCACCGCGUGCUGACGGCGGCGCCGCAGUGCGUGUUUCCUGACGCGGCCGACGACCAGUUCCUGAGCGGCGCCGAGGCGGUACCCAUGGACGCCGUGCUGGUCCAGUUCUACAACAACUACUGCGGCGUGCAGGCCUUCGUGCCCGACGCCACCACGCAAAACAACUUCAACUUCGACGUCUGGGACCAGUGGGCGCGCAACGCGUCCGCGAACCCGGGCGGCGUCAAGGUGCUUGUGGGUGUGCCGGCGAGCGCGACCGCGGCGGGCAGCGGGUACCUGAGUGCGGCGGAUCUGGCGCCCGUGCUCGACUACGUCAAGGGCUUCGAGAGCUUUGGUGGCGUCAUGAUGUGGGAUGUUUCCCAAGCGUAUGCCAACGAUGAUUUUCUGAGUGAGGUCAAGAGCGAGCUUGUUGAGGCUGCCGAAGAGGAAGAAGAAGACUGCGACGGCGAGUCCGGCUCAGGUUGGCUGCGUAGCCAGGCUGCUUGA